UUCUCUUCCCUUCCCUUCCCUUCAAUCAAUCCCUUCCGAAUUUUCCUCCUCACUUUCUCGCGCUCCCCGGAACCGCGAGCACCAGGGGAAAACAGAGAGGGCAGCCAAUGGAGGGAACCACCGAUGAGCUUCGAGCCAAAUUUCUCUCCCCUGAAAACCCUAGCAAUUCCUCCAAAAGCAGAGAGGAGGGCGAGCUCUCCUCUUCCGACACCGACGCCGACGACGAUGUCAACGGUCCUAGAAGAUUGAAUUAUAUCCCAGAGGAACUUCCCGCCCCUUCUACUUCUCAGUACAAUGCUACAACUGCUGCUCGAGAGGAAGCUGUUUCUGUUACUUCACUAAACACAAGUGCCGAGGGUGUUAAGGAAGGUGUGGGAAGAUGUGUUUCUACCAAAAAUUCUAAAAGCUCAGUUGAUAUACCUUCCAUAACUUCUGGACGCCCAAACUAUCAAAAGAGCACUGAGAGGAAUCGUGCACCAUUUGUGCCAUUUGUGAUAAGUUUCUCAGAUGAUGACAGCAGCAGUGAUGCUGAAGAGCUCAGGCAAUUGAAGUCAUCAGAAACUAGAGUUAAUCCAGUAGGUGUGGAUAGGAGUCAAAGACUGCCUGCUUCUUUAGUGCCAAAACCUCAGAAGAUACAAAGGACAACAGAAAAUGAAGCCAGAGUGAUGCCCAGGAAAGCGUCUUUGAGCCGUACAUUUGUCUCAUCAACAGACAAAAUCAAUGGAGUGAAUUCCAUGAAUGGUAGACACUCAAUGAUCAAGCUACAAUCUCGUGUCAAAAAUUCUAACACCCUCAACAGAAGAUUAGUUGGUGGGGAACACGGGGUUAACCAAAAUAUGCAUUUGAAUACCAGUAAACUUCAAGACCUUCGUCAACAAAUUGAGAUUAUGGAAAAGGAAUUAAAGCUUAAAUCUGCCAAGCAAAAUAAGGAACCAAUUUUGGGUUCUUCUAAGGAUUAUGACAUAAAGGAUGUGGAGAAUGGCACAACUAGGAAAUGCAGAGCUACUUCUGUUGACUCUGUACCAUUUGAGCUGAAAGAGUCCAACAAGAAGCGCCUAAAACUCAGUGAACCACCUCCAACGCUGAAUUCAGAUGUCCGGCAGCAAAAGCCUCCUGUACAGGCAGUGCUCCCAUCAGAAAAGACUGUGGUGGAGAAUCACAGUCAGCCAAGAAAUACUGAUCUUGACCAGCAAGGCAAAGAGACUCAACAUAAAAUGCAUGCUGGAGCUGCUCAAAAGAAAAAGGAAGAUGAUGCUCAGGGCCCUAUUUCUUCAGGAAAUCAAUCUAAUUGCAUUAAGGAUGUUGCUGCUGCCAUCAUUAAUAGCAAUCUGUGCGAUAAAAAUGCUAGGCCAGUAGAUCCUCCUGUAUCAUCUGAGCAAACUGAAAGAAUAGCAAAUAACAGUGCUAAAACAUUUUCAAAGAAAUCGAGUCCUGUGGAGUUCAAGAAUUCUAGAGAGCUUAGUUGUUGUCAUAGACAGACCUUGGGAAAAGCAACUUCCAGCCACCACCGAACACGAGAUGGUGAGGUUUGCCAAGUUAAAUCUGCUGAGAAGUCAUCAAACCCUUUGUUGAAUAACUCGCAUCAGGUAUCUCUCAAUAAUAGAGGCAUUCACAGUUGUUUUGGUACGGUGAGCAUCUCACAGGACAAAAACAUGGAUAUGCAGUCAUUGUUUGACAUUGAGGAAUUGCAAGACAAGGAGUUGGAGGAGGCACAAGAGCACCGGCGUCAGUGUGAAAUUGAAGAAAGAAAUGCUUUAAGAGCUUAUCGUAAUGCCCAAAGAGCUUUGAUUGAGGCUAAUGCUAGAUGCUCUUAUCUCUACCAGAAAAGAGAACUUUAUGGAGCUCAUGUUCAAUCUGCAAUAAUGGAGAAUCUGGGUCUGUUCUGGUCCUCUGGAUUACAUAAUUGUGCUCAAGCUGGGCAAAAUCCCCCAAAUAACAUGUCUGAAGAUAAUAUGCAUCAAUUGCCUUCAUCUAGCCAGCAAAUGCAGGCUGAAUUCAAUGUCCAUAAUCAGCAAGGCCAUCUUUCAAACAUCCAAACUGCCAACAAUGCUCUUCAAAUUGUAUCAGAUCAGCAAGCUGAUGGUCAUGACUUCACUUCUAAUCCUUGCAGUGAGCCUGAUACAAGUAUGUGUGAGCAUAGUAAAGAUGAUAUGAUGGCAGAUGGAGUGUGCUCUCCAUGCAGUAAUUUUAAUGCAUCUGCAGAUGAAGAUGAAGAGAUGUUUUCAUUUGACCAAAAAUCUGUACAUUUGAGCCGUGAUUGUCAGAGAAAGGAGCAGAAUUUUGGUGGAAGGGCAAUGAAUAUGAAUGAUGAGGCAAGAAGAAACUUUUCUCUUGAUGGCUCUCAAGAUUCAUUACUUCUUGAAGCAACCUUAAGGUCUCAACUCUUUGCUAGGCUAGCAACUAAAGGACUGUCAAAGAAGGAUCAAACUGAUAACACGGAGACUGCCAUGGGAACUGGGCUUGAACAUGGCGGUGCUGCUACGAAAGCAGAAAAAAGUGUCAAGAAUGUGCCAUUCUCUAUGGUGCAAAGCCAAAGAUCUGUCUCGGGAGGUAAUGGUGGGGCAAAAAGCAUGUCUGAGCUUCCUGUUCAUAUUGACAAUGAGGGCCAUGUUGAGAACUUUUCUUCUACAUAUGCAUCCCCUACUGCUGAUCUUGUGGAUAGCUGUAUUUCCGCAGAAGCUGACCAAUCAUCAAGAUCUGCUACCUUUUCAUGUUCCAUUCUUGGGAGUGCAUUUGGUCACCUGAAGGUUGUGGAAACAAUCAGCUUAGUUGCAUUACAGGGUAGAAAUAAAAAAAAUCACAAUUAUGAUAUUUGCAAUGGCAAGGAAAAUAGUGGUACCUGUGCUGCAAUUCAACCCAGCAUUUUGAGUUCAAACUCAUUGGAUGAGACUUCACUGAAUAUGUUUGCUGAGAAACUUGGCUGUUACUCCUGCAAUCUUGCAAUUGAUCCAUUUUGGCCGCUUUGUAUGUUUGAACUCCGAGGAAAAUGCAAUAAUGAUGAGUGUUUAAGGCAGCAUGCCAAAGAUUACAGCAGCAGAAGUAUGAAGCUUAAAAAUUUUGAUAGUACUGAUUGUCUAGUUGGGCUAUCAACCGACAUAGGAAAUUUUAAUGGUGCAAGAAAUACCUGCAAAUAUUUUGAUUUGGCCCCACCCACUUAUCUGGUUUGCUUGGAGACACUGAAAGCUGAUGUCCAUACCUAUGGAUCUGUCCUCGCCCUAACUGGUGGACAGUGCUGGCAGAAAUGUUUCAGUACUACUUUGGUUCUGUCAAGUUUGCUUCCUUCAGAUUCAUCUACAGAUGAAGCAUUCUUGCAUGGCAGUGAAGCUCGUAUUGAGGUCUGCGGGAGUUGGAAUAGUCAAUCAUUAUACUUCCACAGUAAAAAUGGCAAAAUGAAUCAACUUGAUCAACAUUUUACUGAUGAUGACCAAGCUCUGGAAAUGGCUCUUCUUCAUCUCAGCCAGGAGGCUGAUAAGAUAAAGGCCAGGAUAGAGGUUCUCAAAGUGCUUGUUCGAGCCCUUGAAGCCCAUCCAUCGUCUACUAUUCUCUGGGUAGUUUAUUUGCAUAUUUACUACAGCAGUGAGAAGUCAAUGCAAAAGCAUGACAUUUUUCAUGUCGCUGUUGAAGAAACUGAAGGAUCCUAUGAACUUUGGCUUAUGUACAUCAAUAGUCGGAUAAAACUCGAGGAUCGUUUAGUUGCAUAUGAUACUGCAAUCCUGGCUCUCUGUCGCCAUGCAUCUGCCACCGAAAGUGAUGCAUUGCAUUCAAGUGCAUGCAUCUUGGACCUUUUCUUGCAGCUGGUGAACUGUCUGUGCAUUUCUGGGAAUGUUGGCAAGGCCGUUGACAAAAUAUAUGGGCUUUUUCCAUCUGCCAAGAAUUCUGACGAGCCCCACUCUCUGUUGCUUUCUGAUAUCCUUCCAUGCUUGACCCUGCAUGAUAAAUAUGUCAUAUGGCUCUGCUGUGUGUAUUUCAUGGUCUACAGGAAACUGCCUGAUGUUAUAGUGCAGCGGUUUGAAUGUGAGAAAGAACUUUCUGAGAUGCAGUGGCCUUCCGUGGAUCUAACAGUCAACGAGAAGCAGCAGGCAAUUACUCUAAUGGAUAUGGCAGUAGACUCUCUGGGUUCAUGCAUAGACAGAGGAUCACUUGUGAAUGAAAGUGCCCUCAAGGCAUCACAUAUGUUUGCUCUCAACCACGUUAGGUGUAUAGCAGUGCUUGAAGGCUUAGAAUGCAGUAGGAACUUGUUGGAGAAUUACAUCAAACUGUACCCUUCUUGCUUGGAACUUAUUUUAAUGUCAGCCCGGAUGCGGGAAGAUGAUCUUGAUUUUGGGAAUGCAAGUUUUUUGGGUUUUGAAGAGGCUCUUGUUAAUUGGCCGGAAGAAGUCCCAGGAAUUCAGUGCAUCUGGAACCAGUAUGCUGAAUAUGCUCUCCAGAAUGGCAGAGUUGACUUUGCAAAAGAACUAAUGGAUAGGUGGUUCCAUUGUGUUUGGCAAGUGCAAUAUCAACAAUACGUAGCAGAUUCAAUGGAUGGAGACAACUCCCUUACCUCGCCAAAUUUAGCUUCAACAUUAGAUCCUGAUACUUGGAUUUCCAAUUCUAGUGAGAUAGAUGCUGUGUUCGGGCUGCUAAAUCUCUCUCUCCAUAAAUUUGUGCAGAACGAUCUCAUUAAAGCGCGCAUAGCCAUUUAUGGAGCAUUGAAGGCUGCUUCUGCUGAGGAUUAUAAGCAUUGCGUGAGAGAGCAUUCCAUGUUUUUGCUUGCCACUGGUUUGAAAUUGGAGGAUGCUUCUAGUGAUGGAAUAUUGAACUUCUUGAAAAGUUAUAUGGUAGACCCUCGGGCUUUCCCAUCUCAACCAUUGUCUAGAAAGUUCAUUCAGAGGAUCAAGAAGCCAAGAGUUCGGCAACUGGUUAGCAACAUAUGGAGUGGUUUGUCAUCGGAUUCCUCCCUCGUAAAUGCGGUACUUGAGGUAUGCCAUGGCCCAUCUCUCUUACCCCAAACAUUCGGUAAAAUAAGGGACCUGGUGGAUAUGACUGAAUCCAUUAUAGACAUUCUUCCGUCCAACUAUCAGCUAGCAAUGUCUGUAUGUAAACUGUUGAGCAGGCGCUCCAACCCUGCUGAUCUGACAUCUGCCAGCGUUUCUUUUUGGGCUAGCUCACUCCUAGUCAAUGCCCUCAUUCGAGCAGUUCCAGUGGCAGCGGAGUUUGUCUGGGUAGAAGCAGCUGGCAUUUUGCUCGAGUUGUCAGAGAUUCAGUCUAUCUCUGAGAGUUUCCAUAAGCGUGCGUUAUCCGUAUAUCCAUUCUCCAUCAAACUGUGGAAAUCUUAUCUGGACUCGUCUCGGAUCACAGGAAAUACGAGUUGUGUGAUAGAAGCAGCAGGAGAAAGGGGAAUCAAACUCGAGUGACAUUGUUAGUGUGAAUUUGUAGGUGUAACCAGUAAAAUUGUAAGUCUCUAUAGGGUUCUUGAUUCCAAAGUAUAGGGGGAGCCUGAAAAGGAGGAGGUAUAGCGAGGAGGAGGAGGAGAUUGGUAGAUUUUGUAGCUUUCACCAAUCUGGGAUAACCACCUGGUCAAAGUUUUUGAAGGGGCCUGGAUGGAUGCUCUUUUAAAUGACAUUUUGCUGGUGUUGUACAGGUUUUAGAAAGAGGCGGAGAAUUUAGAAUUUAGAAUAUUAGAAUUGUGUCUUUGGUUUCUGAUUUCUAUCAUGUUCUUGCUAGUAUAUUUAUGAGCAAUCACAGCAACACCGUCAACAUGUAAAUAAAAAGGAAAAACUCUUUUAAGGUUUAGGGUUACCCUAAGGUUUAGGGUAAUUGCAAAAAGGAUAUUUCACAUUUAAAAAAAAAUACAAAGAGUACUUCUGAGAUUUAAUAUUA